AUGACGGUGGUCGAGAGGCAGGUGGCAGCGAUGCUGCGGAAGCAGCGAGAGGAGCAGGAUGAGCAGGCUGCGCUCUCCAGGCGGGCGGAGGAGCUGAGGAGCAGGGGCGAGCAGGCACUCAACGACAACGGCGACCUGGACGAGGAUUCCGAUUCGGAGCACGACGAUCUCGAGCGGCGUGGUGCGACGGGAAGGGCGCGGCGCGAGUUCCGCGACCGCGGGAUCGUCUUCGACUCGUCCACGGACGAGGUCACCGUCACGGUCCGCGCGAUGACGGACCUGGAGCUCGGCAUGGCCUUCGCGUGGAUGCGUCGAGACCAGAGGCGGUACGAGGGCGCUACGAGCUUCUGGAGCAAAGCGGGGACGGGGAUCCAGGAGUGUUUCGAGGAGGAGAGGUGCCCGGGGGAUAAGGACGUGCACGCCGCGGUGGGCGCGUGGCCGAGGCUCACCGGCGCCUUCGUUCCGUUCCUCGGCCCCGCGCCGUUCGCGUUCGCCAUGCUCAAAGACGACGGCCUCACUGUGGACACCAUGGGCGUGAGGCAGGGGUUCCGGCGAAUGGGACUCGGCCGGACGGUCGCUAGCGCGUUCAUAGACAGGGCCAGGCGCGCCGCGAAGGUACGCGCGGGUCCGCCGCAGUGCAUCAUCGACGCCGUGCCCGACGCGGUCGCGUUCUGGCGCGCGAUGGGCUUCUCCAAUCGCGGCGGGGCGGAUUCGCCGACGACGGCCGUGAUGCGGAAGCUGUGCGGCGACGUCGCCAUGUCGAUGACGCUGCUGGAGGAUCCCCCGACGCCGCGCGGGCACGAGUGGUGGUUCGAAAAGCCCGAGGAGGAGAAAGGGUACUGGUCCGACGACAGCUGGUGA